UCACAGACUUUGUCUUUUCAUGUUUUUGUUAUCUGACAAUGUCUGAUCCUUCCUGGCCACAUGUAAAAAAAAUGAAAAAGAUUUCUAUUGAUCAGCACUCACUCUCAACAGGCAUUCCCUCUGACAUUCAGACCUAACUGAGAAGAAACAUGUGCAUGUUUCUUAUUCCACAAUAGUGGCAGUUUUACACAACUGUUUAGCUCUGCUGCCCAUGGCUUUGCAUUUUCCCUCAGGUUCCACUUAAAAGCAUAGCAGGAGGGAACCUCACUGCUGGAACAUAUUUGAAUAUGUUUGCUGUGGUUUUAGCAAAUAAUUAGGAAACCUAAAUGGGGUCCAUCCUUCCACCUGUGAGCAUUAAGUGUAUGGGAACCUCUGUACCAUUAUGUUUGGGUUUUAAAGGAGACUUCACUUGUCAGAAGCUGACUUCUAUGUAAAUGGAUUUGGAGGCUCGGGGCUGGAGUUGAACUGGUGUAGGUGGGUCAGCUUUAGGAGUGGCCUGCAGAGGUUGAUUGUUGUUGACACAGUGUUUGUUCGGAGUGGACAGACAAGGUUAUUUUAAGACUGCUCCUGCGGAGACCUCUCCCAAGAACAACUCCCAAGCUCCCAGUUGCUUCGAGUUAGGAACGAUUGGAGGAGAGUGCUACCAAUUACUUAAGCGUGGGUCGUCUGCCUUCAGACUUGCCUUCCCAGGUCUGUCUUUUUGGCAUCUUUAGUAUUUCCAUCUUUCCUGACUUUUCCCUUCAGCCUUCAAAUUGAAAAUCUUCACCAAUAAAAACAAAAUCCAAAUAGAUAACCUCCAGCAGUCUUGGAAUGACUCCUAGAUGUGUUGUUUUUUAGGCUCUCAUUUAUGUUGACUUGUCAGCCAAACUUCUCCAGUCCUUGAACUACAGCAGCUGCUUUUCUUUGCACAUUAUUUCUUCCUAAUUUCAAAUAUGUCGUCUGUAUCCAUCGUUCUUCUCUAGCAGCUUCCUUCUAAAGUCAACAGUGAUUUCCACAGAAAUAAACUCAAAUGGUUUCUUCAUGCUUCUUUUCUCUGGAGGAACUUGGAGCAGAACAUUUUUGGAGGCAAGGGGAGGAAAGAAAAACUUUUUCAGGUUUUUCUCAUUUCUCAGAAUGACUUGUCACUGGGAGUUUUCUGCAUAUAUGGUUGUAGGUAGGAUAACAGUCUUGCUGUUAAACAAAUUUAAUUUGAUGCCUUUAGUAGAUAUUUACCUUUGUUUUUCACUGCAUUAGCUGGGGGAAAGGAUAAGCCACUGUAACAAAAGAUGCUUAUAUACAAUGGUCCAAAUAAGCUAGAACAUUACUUCUCUCUUACUCAACAGUCUGGCCAGUUUGAGCUGAUGAAGCAGUUGUGCACCAUGAGGUCAUUCAGUCUUGUGUUCAGCCAAGCCCUAGGGUGCUAUCUUGCCUGAGGGGUCUAUUCUGGGUGACUACUUCAUCUGCAUUGCAUCCUGCCAGAAGGUGAAAGAACAAAAGUCCAGGACAAGCAGAAUGUCCUGUGAAGGGUGACUAGAAACAUCACUAUUCUCUCAUUUCGUCGACCUGGACUGAGCAUACGGCCACAGCUAGAUAUGCUCAGAAAUGGAAUUUCUACCCCAUCUAUGUGUCUAGGAAGAAGGGGAAAUGGAUGGUUAGGACCAUGAUAAACUUGUUCUGUAACACUAUUUAUAUAACAGUUUAAUAUUAUAUCUUCUUUUUCUCUUAACCCUGUGACCAAGACAUAAUGCUUUUACAAGGGGAGAAACACGUUUAGAGACAUUAACCAGUUUUGCCAAAUUCACCCAUGUAGUAGGUAAAACUUCUCACCUGAACCGAAAUCUCCUAACUCAAAAUUCCAGGGUGCUAUUUUACCUAUAUGAAAGAGGUUGCCCAUUUAAAAUUAUCAGCAGCUGGACAAAUUUUUUAUUAUUCACAUCAAGUUGGUGUACCUAGAGCUGAUUUAGGUACAUAAUAAAUAUGCUUAUAUUUAUAUAUAUGUAUAAAGCUUAUUUAGCUUAUUUCGAUUAUCUUCCAGCUCAUUAAUAUUUUAUUUAGCUUUAUACUUGCUGUUAAACCCAUAUAUUGAGUAUUUUAUUUCAUUGAUUGCUAUUUUUCAGCUCUAUUUGACGCUUUUUUUUUUUUUUUUCCAAUUUGACCCAUUGUUGUAGAUUCCGGUUCUCUGGUGUGCUUCUCCUUGUCAUCUGUUUUUGAGCAUCUUAAUCACAGUUAUUUGAAGUCUGUCUAAUAACUCCAAUAUCCAAGUCACCCAUGAGUUUAUUUCUGUUGUCUGUUUCUUGGUAUGCUUGGGUAAGUUUUGACUGAAUGUUGGACAGUCUAUGUGAAAAAUGAUAGGUACUCUGUAUCUUCCUCUAGAGAGGAUUCCAGAGUGUAUUUUGACAGGCAGCAGAGGGGAAGAUCACCUCAAUGCAGCCAGCCAGGACCAAGUAGAUUCAAGGCUGGUUUGCAGUUUUUUUCUGUAAGACUCCAACAUCUAGUUUCCCCCGCAUUCCAGGAAAGUCGCUUUCCAGGAGUGCCCUGAUGUUUCCUCUUUUGCGCUUGGAUCUGCUUUUGCCACUGAAUGCUUCAAAAAUUCGCCUCUUGCCCUAAACAGCUUAAUCAGUCAAUUCUUUGAGUGAAUGAUCGGCGCUAAGUGUCAGGCUUCUCUGUCCCUUUUUUUCUGGGAUCUUGGGCCCACAAUUCUGGCUGUCUUGUCAGCCACAAACACUUUUCUUUUGUCUCCACAGUUCUAUGAGAUUGUCUGACACUCCGCUGUUAUCCUUACAUGCGGUCCUCUCUUUGGCUUCCUCGAGAAACAGCAAUGCCUGGAAUUCUUGGCGGCUUUGACAGCUCUCUGGUACUUUAUAACAGAGGCAUGUUUGUGUAGGGUGUGUGUUUAAAAAUCUUUCUCAUUCUUAAUAGAAGCUGAGGUUUGCUAUAAGCUGCUUAUAGCUGGAGGCAGAAGUCACUAUGUACUUGUUAAACAGUUCAGUAUAACUGAAGUGAUCAUUGUCAUCAUGUUGGUUAAGAUGCUUGAUUUAGGGACUCUGCCUCUUAUGAGAUCUAACAGUGAGGAUUGCAUGAUCUUUCCAAAAAGUCCUUAAAAAAGACAAUGGUUUUUACUCAUCAUUUAUUCUUGUUUUUAAAAAAGCCCAAAAGAGAGAGUAUCCUCUGCCCCAAAUUAACUGCCUAUGAAUAAUAGUUUGCAUUGUUGAGGUUUUUGAACUUUCCAGAAUGUUUUUACCUAUAAUAUUCACCCCAUAAAUAUAUGUUGUAUGACUUUUGUAUCAAUUUUAAAAGAUAUUUAUAUUUUUUUGAGACAGGAUCUUGCUCUGCUACCCAGGCAGGAGUUUGGUGGUGUGACCACGGCUCACUGCAGCCUCCAUUUCCUGGGCUGAGUGAUCCUCCUGCCUUAGCCUCCCAAAGGCUAAGGCACCCUUCUGAUAUAUCCUUGUUUUAUAGAUGAUGAAACCAAGAAACAUACUAAGUAAAUGGCUUAAAAUCACAAUCUAAUUAUAGGCAGGAAUAACUAAAAUCAGACUUCCCAACUCCUAGCCCUUUCCAAUACAUUAAAGUGACCUUGAUUCAUCUGUGUAUACAUCAUGGACCUGUAGUCAUGCUCCUAAGUUUAACUUUCCAAUAUUGCUUGUAUCGUUAACUCGGUAACUUUCUAUCAAGGACCUUUCCAGUGGCGUGGGAAAUGUGUAUGUCCUCUGAGAGGCACACCUACAUGCACUUGGGCAGGUGCACAGGUGGAUCUAUAUUCUCAGCCUGCCCAUUCAGUCUGAACAAAAAGGAAUCAUGGUAGUUUGAUUCCUGGGUGCAGAGCAAUGCUACACACAUUCUGGUAUGGUUGUUGGAGUCUAAAAACAGUGUUCCCAUGCAGAUAGGUGACAUGCAAAAUAUGUGGCCUUCAUUUCCUAGAAUGUCAUAGCCAUGGAGUCUUAGAAUAACUCUUGGCAUCCCAAUUAAAAGCUGGAUCACUUCCUCCAAAUAGUCUUCGCUCACUUCCGGGAGUGGGUUGUAUUCACCUUUAGCUCUGUUCACGAGACACUCACAUGGGAUAUUCCUAGCCUUCUGCCCCCUUAGUUACGGGCAUUCCAGCCUCACUGCUGUAUAACCAGAGGCAUGGGAACUGCAGCUGUCAGAUCCUAAUCCCUUCUGCUUGGACGCGUUACCAGUGUGUACAGUAGUAAACUGUGUGCUGUGAUGCUAGCUUUUCAGUCACUACCAGAGGUCUCAGCAACAAAAACAAAAAUUGUGGAUGAUACGUUUUAACCUUCUAGAAACUCAGCUAACUCCUUUUGGUAUGUCCAGGCUUUCCAUUUAAAUACCAGCUUUAAGGCAGACACGUAUAAUGAAGACGUCUUUCUUUAAUGGGAGAGAUCUAAAUUGGGAGCAAAACACGUGACCACUUUUGCUAUCGUUUUAGCUGUGUAGCCUCAAUGACAUAAUGUAACCUUGGCUUUCCUGAUUUGCAAACUGUAGGGAAAAUAAUGUCUUCUAACUUGCUGAAGUAUGCUGUAGAAGAAAAUGUGGUGGCUGUAAAAACUACUUUGGGAUUCUUGGAAGAAAGGAGUGCUAUAUUAAUUCACGGUACUGCAAUAGUUAUUUUACCCCAGAUUGAGAAGUAAAAUAUCAAAUUGUUGUUUUCCAAAGUUUGAAUAACUGUUAAAUUUAUUCAGAUAAUCUGCUCUAUUCGAGAGGCGUAAAUAGUUUCUUCAGUUUUAAAUAUAUCGGCUGUGAUAGUAUGGACUCCUUAAGGCUGCUCAAAAGAUUAUUUGGCAGUGAGGCUGUUGGACAUUGCAUACGUGCUAAUGAUGCAUUGAUGGUAACAAGAGAACUUUCAAUGUUUUAAUCACCUCUUAAAUUUUAGGAUUGCGAUCUUACUAAUCAAUAUGAAGAUGAUGCCUUUCUUUGUUACAACUGAGGUAGUCUGGUGAAGAAUAUGUUUUCUUUCUAUAGUAGCUUUUUAAAAUUUCUGACUCAGAAGCCUUUUGUUCUCAUUUUAAUUUGUUCUAGAUGGUGUUUAGAUGGUCUUUCUUAAAUCACACUUUGUUAAUGUAUGAUAUUUUAAUAUAAUUUUGUCUGCUGUAUUUGAAGUUAAACUUUAUUAAGAAAAUAUAAAAGCACUGCAUUCACAUUUUGAAUUAAUUAUUACCAUUUGAUAUUUUAAUGUAUUGUCUAUCUAGUUUUCAAGAAAUAAUGAAGAAAACAUCAAUAUGUCAUCAGCCAUCAUUUCAUUACUUGUUGGAUUCAGAAGCUCAAGAAGAGACCAGAGAAGACUAUGAUGACAAGCAGGUGGUCACAGAGAUCAUGGCAAGAUGUUUUAUUCCGACUUCGAUAACAACUACUUCCUGGGAAAGUUUUCAUUUUAUUGGUCAUGAGAUUCGAAUUACUGAGGCCAUGGAUUGUUAUGGUGCUGUUGUUUGGCCAUCGGCCCUUGUUCUAUGCUAUUUCCUGGAAACAAAUGCAAAGCAGUAUAAUAUGGUUGACAAAAACGUGAUUGAAAUUGGAGCUGGAACAGGACUAGUCUCCAUUGUGGCAAGUUUACUUGGUGCUCAUGUGACGGCCACAGAUUUACCCGAAUUACUUGGAAACCUGCAAUAUAAUAUUUCCCGAAACACCAAAAUGAAAAGCAAGCAUUUGCCUCAGGUUAAAGAACUCUCCUGGGGAGUAGCUUUAGAUACAAACUUCCCCAGGUCUUCUAAUAAUUUUGACUAUAUUUUGGCAGCAGAUGUGGUCUACGCUCAUCCUUUCUUGGAAGAGCUCCUCAUUACCUUUGACCAUCUGUGCAAAGAAACCACCAUCAUCCUCUGGGCCAUGAAAUUCAGGUUGGAGAAGGAAAAUAAAUUUAUAGAUAGAUUUAAGGAGUUGUUUGACCUGGAGGAAAUUUCCAGUUUCCCUAGCCUGAAUAUUAAGUUGUAUAAAGCUGUGAAGAAAAACCGGAGGAGUGUAUGACAUCCUCAGUGAGGACGUGGAAAGGUUAAGGCAAUUUUUAGCAAAUAAUCACUUGAAAGAAAACCCUGAAUAACCUUAUGUGCCAUUGAGUUUCCCAAGGGCAAAUACACACACAGAUGCACACACGCGCACACACACACACACACCACUAUGAGAAUAAAAGACAGUUUCCCAUAUUUGCCUCACCCCAGGCGGUAAUUUUUCCAGAUACUGCACGUGAGUCUGUAGGAUUGGGGGUAAUUUGUUCCUAGUUUGUCUCCAUCAGCACACAGGCCUGCUUCUACUCAUGCAGUAAUAGAAACUCUUGGCAAAGUCACACUGUGCUGUCAUUGUCUGCUGUCCUUAUUCCUUACAUCACCAUUUAUUAUUAUUUGAAUCAAUGGUGCAAUUAUUAUUUUUAACGUAUAAUCACAAAAUGAUAGUUUUUAAUGAUAUCUCUUCAGUGAAACUUGUUAUUAAUUCUUUUAAACAUAAGCUUAUGAUUCUCUCUUUAGAAAUAAGGAAAUCGACUACAGUAGAAUCUGCAAAUAAAUCUGAACAGGCAGAUACAUAAUGUAAUGGUAAA